ACUUUGUGAUAUUUAUUAUUAUUAAUUAAUUAAUAAUUUGACUUUAGCCAUUUUGUUAUUUCUCAAAACGAUUAUAUUGUUGAUAAUCAAUUUUUAAAAUCUGAAUUGUUAUUUGUUAAAAAAAAAAUUCAAUUUGAUCUUUUUAGUUCAUUUAGAAUUUAUUUUUUCGAAUUACUUUCAUUUGAUAAUCAAACUAUAAUCUCAAACAACAACAAUCAAACAAAAUGCCGCCAUUUAUCAAAACAAAUGUCAAUGAUGUACUUGACAGUGAUAUUCCUGAUUUAGAGCCAAGUGUUGAAUUGAAAGGUGAUUUGAACGAUUUAUUGGAAGCACAGAAAAAUCAAAAAUCGGAAAAAUUACAAAUCGUAUGGCGUAAUGUAUUCAUAAUGGGUCUUCUUCAUAUUGGUGCCGUUUAUGGUGCUACAUUAUGCUUCGGCACGGCUAAAUGGCAGACGGUCCUUGCAGGAUUUAUUUUUUAUGUUCUUUCUGGAUUGGGUAUCACGGCCGGUGCUCAUCGUCUUUGGUCUCAUCGAUCUUAUAAAGCUAAAUUUCCAUUGAGAUUAUUUUUAGCUUUUCUACAAACGAUGGCCGUACAAAAUCAUAUCUAUGAAUGGUCUCGUGAUCAUCGAGUUCAUCAUAAAUAUUCGGAAACAGAUGCUGAUCCACAUAAUGCCAAACGUGGUUUUUUCUUUGCCCAUGUCGGUUGGCUUCUUUGCCGUAAACAUCCUGAAGUUAUCCGUAAAGGUCGUACAAUCAGCAAUGAUGAUUUACUUCGUGAUCCGAUUGUUGUAUUCCAACGAAGAUAUUAUAUUCCAUUGUUAUUGUUCUGUUGCUUCAUUUUUCCAUCAUUGGUACCAUUAAUGUGGGGUGAAACAUUAUGGAAUGCAUUUUUUAUUUGUGCUAUAUUUCGUUAUGUAUGGACAUUGAAUAUGACAUGGCUUGUUAAUUCAGCCGCACAUUUUUGGGGACGUCGUCCAUAUGAUAAGACCAUCAAUCCAGCCGAAAACUAUCUCACAGUAUUUGGUGCCGUUGGCGAAGGUUUCCAUAAUUAUCAUCACACAUUUCCAUGGGACUAUAGUACAUCAGAAUUGGGUUGGCGUUUAAAUCUAACAACUAUUUUCAUCAAUACUAUGGCUUUUAUUGGGCAAGCAUAUGAUCUGAAACAAGUUUCGCCCGAAAUGAUUAUUAAACGUAAACUCCGUACUGGCGAUAUUGAUACUCAUGGUAAUUAUGGUAUUUAUAAUCCACCAAUGAUGAAGGAAUUGGCUACUUCAAGCAAUGGUAUUGAUGUUGAACACAAAAAACAAAAUUGAUUCCACUUUUAUAACUGUUCGUGUGUGAAUGACCAAAAGAAAAAACCUAGAAUCCUCUACAGAAUUUUUUUUUGUUAUUCAUUCAAGUAGUGAUAUAAACUUCAUUCAAUUCACAAUCACUAAUCAAUGUUUAAAAAAAGGAUGAAAGAUUGACAAAAUAGGUGUGUGAUGAACGAAUACCGGUGAUUGGCACGAAAAUUUUUGUUAUCCAUUUUUUUUCACAAUUGUUUGAUUGUUUUUAAAAAAAUGUUUUCUUUGUGCACACUCUCAUACACACACA